GGUGAUUUUGCCCUUUCCAGUUGGUACGUCGGUCCAACCAUAGAUGGCCGCAGUGACACUGACAAUUAUCCAGGAAAUUUGAAUAUGAAACGUUAGGAAUGAGGUAGGGAAAAUGGAAAGUUUGGGAGAAGUGGACAUUGGCAAUUUGCAGGUUUUGAUUGAUAAUUACGAAUUUUUGAUACAGGAUUUAACGAAUGGGAUUCAAAUAUUUCAAAUAGAAUACAGUGACCUUAGCGAAAAAGUUAAGAAUGUUGUGGUUGAAAAUGAUAAGCUCUCAAGGGAAAUUACCAACUAUAUCAGUAAAGAGCAGCAAAACCAGAGUGGUGAUUCCAAUAAACCGCAAAUCAUAGAAAAUUUGAAAAUGCAGCUAAAUUUGAUUUCGACUGAAAAAGACUACGCGAUGCAACUUUGGCGGAAUGCAAUUACCAUGAUAGAUAAUUUAGAAGAAGAGCUUAAAACGUAUCAAGAGGUCAAUAAAAAUUCUAUUCCAAGAUCGGAGGCUAUACGGUUGAAAAACGAAUGUGAGGGUAAAAUAAAGAGUCUUCAAGAUGAACUGGCACUGACCAGGGCAGCACUUUCCAAAAACGACUUCUUCAAUAUCGAAAAAUCAAGAAGCGACUUCUUGACCAAAGAAGAUUCGUCUACCAAAAUCAUAAAGAAUCUGGAGGAGGAAAUAUUGGCGCUGCAACAACGACUGAGCCAGUCGAACCAAGUUAAAGAAGAACUGAGCAAGACGAUAAACAAACAGAACAAAAAAAUAAAAUCGUUAGAAGAUAGGAACAAGGAGUACGUAACCAAGGUGAAUGAAGCUGUUCAAGUGGUUGAGGCGGCUUGUAUAGAGAAGGAUUUCGCUCUCAUGAGGGAAUUAGAAUCGAAAGAUGAGAUGAGCAAAGUGUCCAAAAGUCUUCUAGAAGCGAUAGAAAACGCGGAACUUAAACUGAAAUCGGAAGUAGACCAGGUAAAGUCAGAUUUCAACACGAACUUGAAAACCGUCUUGGACGAUCUAAAAAAAGCCCACAGCGAUUCUGUCGUGAAACAGAACGAGAUAAACACAUACGCCAAACAGUGCGCCCUUCUGGAGAACGAGAUAGAGAGACUGCAGACCAAGAGGGGUAGAACCGAAGAGGAAGAGGACGGAAAUUCGAAACUCCUGAUACUGGAGAAGAAUCUGGAGAAAACCUUCCAAAAGUUGCUGACCUCGGAGAAGGAGAACAUAAUCUUGAACGCCGAAACGUCUAGAUUGAGGGCUGACAUGAACGAUAUGAUCCGAAACUUCGAAAAUGACAUCAAAUCUAGGGAGAUCGAGAAGACGAGACUGAACAAUAAGAUUGCGCAAAUGAAGCAGGAGAGAGUGGACGGGGAUAAGAAAUAUUUCGAACUGUUGGAGGAACUGGAAGGUAUGAGGUCGAAGUUGUUGGAAAUGAAACGGGGUUUCAAGGAGGAGAUGGAGCAGAAGCAAAACGAGAUUCGAUUGUCCCAUUCGGAGGAGAUCAACCUCAUAAGGAGAGAAAACGAAACGAGCCUCAAAGAGCUGGAGGACCAGUUGGAGUCGCAGAUCGAACUGAACAGAAGAUGGAGGUCGGAGACGAAAAUUAUCGUGGCGAAACUAGAGGGUCAGAUACGACGUCAGAGGGACAUAGUGAAGCGGUUGCAUCGCGUGGUUUGGAACCUGAAGAGGAAAUUGAAGGGAAAGAGGAAAGAUAAGAAGAUACAACCCGAUUUGACGGUGUUGACGGAUGCUUCGCAGAUCGAGACCAAACCGAGAAGGACGGGGGAUACCUGAUGUUGUCAAUGUUGUAAUUGUGAUAGGCGUAUAAAAAAUAUUUUAUAAUAAAGUUUAGGUGGAUUGGUA